AUGGUUUCCCUUAGAAAGAAGAAGGUUCAGAAAUUGAAUCUCAGUAUCACAAUAUAUGAAGCAAGAGAUUUGUUUCCACAGUCACAACUCGCACCAACCGUCUUUCGCUGUAAUACGAGGUGCUAUGUCAAGUUGCCGCCAUUUGCUUCUUUCAAGACAGCUCGAAUCAGGGAUGUCUCUAACCCACAUUGGAAUUCCACACAAUUGAUAAAGCUCAGAACUCCUCCAUCGAAUGUGACUGAGAAGGAUCUGGAAAAAUUACCAGUAACAUCAUUCCUGAUUCUAGCUUUGGAGAUAGUGGACAGCAAGGGAUCUAAGAGAAGUUAUUUUGGAGAGGUUCGACUAUCUGUUAUCGACUUAUUGGAACAGUUGAAGAACAAACUAGAGAUUGGACCAAAAUGGUACAAGCUUUAUUCAUCUGAACGAGAGCAGACCUUUGUCACGGGAUCUGUGAGAUGCAAAUUCGCAUUAUCCAGUCAGCGCAAGAGGUUCAGCAAGAAAUCACAGGCUUGCCCAAAAGUUAUAAUUGAGUCGGAGAGCCACUCAAACGAAGUUGACUCUGAAGAAGAAUAUGACGAGUCUGAUGACGAAUUGGUCCCUUCCACCCCCCCUUCGGAAUCUUCAUCCUCGCAGACCAACGAGGAACUUGUAAGGUACAUUGAAGAAUUACAGAGUUUCUACAACAAACUCAAGAGUUUUGGAAGGGACCCUCUCAAAUUGGUCAAUAUCAGUGAGCAGAACUUCUACACCGACUAUUCGUCCGAUCUGAUUUCUUCUUCAAUCAAUGGGUUUGCCGGUCUAGAUGUAGAGGACGAGUCCAGUGACGAAGAACAGCAGGAAUUGAAACUAUUUAAACAAGACCAACGUGCCUCGGAAUCCACUGGUUCAGCCUAUUCUUCAACAGAAGAUCUAAGCAAUUACACAUCUCCAGCUUCAUUCUCUGAUCUGCCGCUAACACCACCCACCUCUUCCUCCUUGGCCUCGGAAAGGAGACGUAGGUUUGGAAAGCUACGAGGAGAGCGGGUUAAGCCAAACUAUGAGUUUACAGCCGGCAGAAACUUUGUGGGGAUGCUUUUUGUUGAAAUCAUUUCUGCAUCGGGAUUACCCCCCUUACAUAACUCAACUAGAACCGGCUAUGACAUGGAUCCAUUUGUGGUCAUUUCUUUUGGUACGAAGGUCUAUCGAACUUCUUGGAGAAAGCAUACACUGAGUCCCAUCUUCAAUGAAAGAUUGGCAUUUGACAUUUCGGAGCAUGAGAAAACCUUCAAUAUAAACUUCAACAUUUUGGACAAAGACUAUUGGACUCUCAAUGAUCCAGUCUGCGAGAGAUCUAUUCCCGUGAAAUUUUUCAUGACAGAACCAGUAUCCACUUCUGACGUAAAGUUGAUAAAGAAAGAGGAGGAGGAAGACCUGAAGUACAAGAAAAAGCUGUUCGGUCGAAACCCAAAAAGAAAUCUGAGUAACAUUUAUGAUGAGAGCUUGAAAACCUUGGAAGUCAAGAUGGAUCUGUAUGCCCAUUGGAUGGAAAAAUACGGCAAAAUUCAGAGCGUUGAUCCAAAGUUGAAGAUAAGAGUGAAGUUCGAAUCCUAUGCCAAUUUGAGACAACAGUUGUUUCGACUUCUUCUCAAAGAGUAUCAGACUGACGGUUCUGCAGAGAUGGACAUAAUUGAGCUUGGAUCCUUCCUUGAAUCCAUAGGAUCCAAUAUCGAGGAAGAGGAUCUGAUAGAAUUUUUUGAAAGACACGGGAAGAAAGCUUGGCAUGGUGACAAACUUAAUUUCGACGAAAUCAUCGAGGACUUUGAGACCAUUUUUGAGAGAAUGGAGCAGUAUGGGUCCAGCUCAAGCAAACACAUUAUCCAAAUUGCCAGAUGCCCGUCUUGUUUGAACAAAGCAAGAGUUCAUGAUGAUUCUGAUAUUAUUAAACAUCUGGCUAUUUGCUGUUCGAAAGAUUGGUCCUCAGUUACGCGAAUGUUGAAACCUUCUUUUACUACUCCUUCGUCGGCAACCAGAAGAUGGUAUACUAAAGCCCUCAUCAAAAUAGCAUAUGGGAAAAUAGAACUAGGGAAGAACAAUGCCAACAUUUUGGUGCAAGAUAGAAAUACUGGCUUGAUAAUAGAGGAGAAAAUGAACGUUUAUGUGCGGUUAGGAAUAAGACUUCUCUACAGGUCAUUCAAAGGGAAGAGGAAUAGUGAUCGAAUCAAAAGAAUUCUCAGGAAUCUAAGCAUAAAACAGGGGGCCAAAUUUGACAGCCCUUCCUCAAGAAACAAAAUCGAAUCAUUUAUCAAGUUUCACAGUAUAGAUAUGUCUGAGUAUCUGAUUGAAGACUAUACGAAGUACCAGACAUUCAAUGAGUUUUUCUAUCGGAAACUCAAGCCAAAUCUGAGGCCUCUGGAAGGCGCUGACUCUCGAUACGCCGUCAGCGGUGCAGAUUGUCGUUGCUGUGUUUUCCCAACUGUUGAGAAGUCUAAGGAAAUUUGGAUCAAAGGAAGAGAUUUCACAAUGCAAAAGCUGCUUGGCCCAAAGUUUGAUCACAUUUCAUAUGAAAACGGGUCAAUUGUCAUAUUUAGAUUAGCUCCGCAAGACUAUCAUCGAUUUCAUAGCUCGGUCAACGGCACUAUCACAAAGAUUGAAAAAAUCGACGGCGAGUAUUAUACUGUCAAUCCAAUGGCCAUUAGAUCAAAAUUGGAUGUUUACGGCGAAAACUCAAGAGUCAACAUCGAAAUAGAGUCUCCUGAAUUUGGAAAAGUUAUAAUGAGCUGUGUGGGCGCCAUGAUGGUUGGUUCCAUUGUGUUGACGCGAAAACUAGGAGAUGUGCUAAAGAGAGGAGAAGAAAUUGGGUAUUUCAAAUUUGGAGGCUCUACAGUGUUAUUGUUGUUUCAAAGAGACAAGAUUGUCUUCGACUCCGAUUUGGUAUCCAAUUCUGAAAACUCGACAGAAACACUAAUUAGAGUUGGUAUGUCCAUCGGACAUACGCCAGAGGUCAAAGAGUAUCCUCGUGAACAUACAGAUCUGGAUAAAGAGCCAGAGGAGACAAGAUUGCGGAUUAUCAGAACACUCACUGGAAAACCGAUUGGCGACUCUUCCGAUAGUCUUGGUAAUUGGGAAGUUCAAAACCUUGAUCUGGAAGACGCUGUUAGUAUUGAUUUGGAAGAUGAGGUUUCGGAUGUCAGCUCAUAG